GUCCUUUCUGGUUGUGGUGUCUACGAUGGCACAGAAAUCCAUGAGGCCUCAGCCAUACUGGUACACCUCAGUCGUGGGGGAGCCGAGGUUCAGAUGUAUGCUCCAGAUGUUCCUCAGAUGCAUGUCAUUGACCACAGUAAAGGGCAACCAGCUGAAGCUGAGUCAAGGAACGUUUUAGUGGAAUCUGCAAGGAUUGCUCGUGGUAAAAUCGCAAGCCUGGCUAAGCUUACUACAGCAGACCAUGAUGCCGUGAUAUUCCCUGGUGGAUUUGGAGCUGCUAAAAACUUAUCUACCUUUGCUGUUGAUGGGAAAGAUUGCAAGGUGAACAGGGAAGUUGAACGUGUCUUGAAAGACUUCCACAAAGCAGGCAAACCUAUUGGUCUUUGCUGCAUUUCACCAGUGUUGGCAGCAAAGGUUCUCUCUGAUGCUGAAGUAACUGUGGGCCAUGAAGAAGAGGAAGGUGGCAAGUGGCCAUAUGCUGGGACUGCAGGAGCCAUUAAAGAACUGGGAGGGAAGCAUUGUGUGAAAGAAGUAACUGAAGCUCACGUGGAUACAAAAAACAAGGUGGUGACUACCCCAGCAUUUAUGUGUGAAACAGAAUUACAUAAUAUUUUCGAUGGCAUUGGGGCCAUGGUAAAGAAUGUGCUAAAAUUAACUGGCAAAUAAAAAAAAUAAUCAGAAAUGUUUAAGUUUAGGGUGUAGUAUCAAAUGUAAUAUGGACCAAUGGAAACAUUUUCACCUGCUUGUCCUGUUCACUCUCUAGUGAAUGCUGAUACGAAGCUGAUUGAUUCCCAGCUGCAGGGUUUU